AUGUCGUCCAAGAGGAAGAAAAACGACGAAGACGUUUCGGACGUUUCGGACGUUUCGGACGUUUCGGACGAAGAAAGUGGUCGAGUCAAUUGGGAGAUGGAGUAUCUGAAGAAGCUUGGGCGACUAAAUGACGCGAAAAUAGAGCUGAGGGGAAUAGCUGCGAGGACUGGAAGGCUAGAAUAUCAAUUGAAACAUGCCAACGAUGAACUCCUUCGAUCCAAGUCAAUGCUAAGUGCAGGAGGUGUUAUCGAGUGGCUUGAGGGCAACUUGACUCGUCCUGAAGACCCAACCAAUUCAUCAAUGGGUAUCGAUCUUCUCUGGACUGAUCCUGGCAACUGGGUUAAGGGC